GCCCAGGAUGAGCUCAACACGCGGACUUUCUCGUCGGCGGUCGACCCGAUCAACCACGACCAUGAUGAGGAGGAGAGAACCGUGGUCAUGUUCCCGACGUCCACGGCAAAGCUCACACCUCAGCUCUUUGCCGAGUUGACGGGGCCGGGGUCCUCGUUCGGAUCGGGCCGCUCGGCACCUGCAGCAGCUCAGUCCUCGUCGGUCACAGUUCGCGAGGUCAUCGAGGCGGCCGCACAGGACGCCGUAGACGCCCUGAUCAGGCAGCCGGCGGCUGAGAACAGGAUGUUGCGGGAAGCGGCUCCAGCCGAUCGGUGGGCGGCGAAGAUCCUUGCCUACCCGUGUUUUGAUGGUGCCUUUCGCCAGGCGCUCGUGGCGACCCGUCUCGUGGAGCUGCCCUUUGUCUUGGCGAUCGAAGUUGACUCGCCGGGUGAGUUCGCAGUCCAGAUGCUCGAGCAGUUUUGGAUCUUCGUGAAGGCGGCCGAGUUUCUUUUCACAGAGUCGCUCGGCUACCAGAUGGGUUUCGCUCGGUGCACAAAGGUUCCUCGCGAGCGGUCAGCUGAGUCGAUCGCACACUUUCAGCGGGAGAUGGCUGUGCGUGCUCUCGCUGCACCAGUUCUGUCUCCGCGCUCUAAAGUUCAGCUGCCCACUGGCUCUUCGUCCUCCGCGACCCCCCUGCUCGACAUGGAGAACGCCGAAAAGCAAAAGUGGGCGAAGCGGCUGAAGGCAAUCGUCGAUCGAGCAGGCGACCAUGCCGGCCACAAUCGCGAGCCCGAUGCUGGUGGGAUCCUAUCGGCUGAAGAGCGUGCUCGCCUACGGCUUCUGGUGUUCACCUCUGGGCUCGCCUUCUACCCGAUCACGGACGACCUUAUCCUGAAAUACGCCAUGGAGCUCGACACCAGAGAAUGCGGCCCAACAGUGGUGCCGUCCUUGAGGACAGCUCUUAAGUGGGUGGCUUUCCGCACUCACAUCAAGAUUCCUUCGGUCGAAACUCCCGAGAUCAAGGCUCUCGAGAAGAAGAUCUUCACUGAAAGAGGGAAACCUUUGAAAGAAGCGAUCCCCUUCCCGAUCGAGCUGGUUCAGGCGAUGGAGCAGUUCGUGGUUAACCCUGCGUAUGCCGCGCCAGCUCGGGUCUUCAUCUGGUGGGUACUUUGCAUGAUCUUUGCGUCGCUCCGCUUUGACGACGCAAUCCACGUAAAGCCCCACGAGAUUGAG